CUCGAAAUCAACUCAAUUACACUUAACGAUCUGGCCUAAGGAUUACCGGAGUCCACUGGAACGCUUCUUCGACCCAAGAUCUCCCAAGAUUUUCCAUCAGGAUCAUAGCCGCGGCGAAAUCUCCAACUACGACGCCUCCAAACUAACCCACGCCAUAACAAACUCAAACUCGCCAUGACAACAUCCUCCACUGGCCCUCGACAUGGAUUCCGACUCGGAGUACGUGGCAUCAGAUGAGGAAGGGCAGGGCUUCGUUUCGGGACAAGAGAAACCCUUCUUGCAGCCGCCAUCGUCGCCACCAGCCCGUUCAGCUCUUCUUCCUCCACCUCCAUAUACCUCCAUCAAAAGUCAGUCAAGCGUGAAUAACACUAAUAAUGUUAUCAUAAUCCCAGACUUGAAGGUCGACGAGUUCGCUCAAGGAGAAAAUGCAAAGACCUACUUCUCUCGCCCAAACCGAUUCUUUGGACCCGCAUCAACCUGGAAGACAUGGACAGAAGAAGAGCGCCAUGUUGCACUCAGCUUGGACCGUGUCCGGGCAGAGGAUUUGGGCCUGCACUUGGUCUCCGCAUUUGCUAUGAAACGGAAACGCGCGCCUCAGGGUUCGAAGUCCAAGGGGAAGCAGAGGGCUAGAACAGACUCUGAACACAGCCAGUCAUCUCAAGACGAUGUUGAGCGGAGUUCAUUUCUUCCCAAAGUUUGGACAGCAUGGCCUUUGCCAGCAGAUCAGGUUCCACGUCCAGACCUCCUACCGUCAGCUGACAACGACGCAUACCACACCGAAGUUGAUCCAAGGCCAAGUGCGACACUUGAGGAUUGUCUCGUCGCUACUGCCAGUCGAUUGGCCAGGCAAAGAUGGGAAGCACGCGAAUGGGAAACUCUAGGUGACACUAGCAACCCAAUGGACACUAAGCCUGCGAGUCCAAGUGUUAGUUCCAACGAAGAGGAUGAAGUCUUUGAUACUGCCGACGAAGAGCAGGAACAUCCGAUAGACAACGAUGAUGAAUCAGACCAAGCAUCCUCUACAGAUCAGUCCUAUGACCCAGACCACCCGACUUUCUCAUCUCAAGCUCUUGACCGCCUACCCCACGUUGGGGAUCUGAUAAGCCCCACAGGUAUUAAACGAGAAACCCUGAACCAGGUUCAAACGCACAAACAAGCUGAUUCACGACGACCGGUGCCGCUCGCUGACAUCGACCAAGCCCAUCGACUUUUCCUCCCCUCUGCCCGUCAUGUUCUAACCAAAUUGGACGACCUUCUACUUGGUCUUCACACACAACGGCAUGCAUACGCGUCCAAGCCGAUUCUCAGACCCCGUGGACGAAGCAUAAGCACAGGCGGGCUCUCCAGCAUGAGUGGAAGCACCAAUCCUGUUUCGAGAUCACCCAGCCGUGGCCGGAGCCCAUCACGGUCAAGCACCAGGCGAGGCCGAAAGAGUCAUGAAUCCAAUGUCAGCGACCAUUCGACUUCAAUGGCCAAGCAGCAAGCAGACAAACGGAAUCGCAUGCUCGGGCUGCGGGAUUGGAGCGACGUCAUGGGAUUGGCAGCAUUGACAGGGUGGGAUGCCGAGGUGGUACAGCGAGCCAGCGAGCGGUGUGCCGCCUUGUUUAGUGAGAACAUGCUAUUCCGUACAUUUCACGAAGGCCAUCAAAGACACGCAGGAGAUGGUAUCAACCGGAACAUCAAGCAAGAGUCCUACUUUACUCAACAUCUUGCGUUGGAUUCCGACAGCUCCGAUCAUCAAUCCGCAGACGAAGAUCCUGAUCUAGAUUCAGAUCAGGAGAUCAAAGUCUCGACUGAGAUCGAUGAUCGAUCCUGUCCAUACGAGACAUGUCCUCGACAUGUGGUUCCGUUCCGCAAGCAAUAUCACCUUCGGCGGCACCUGGACAAAGUUCACAUCACGCAUGAAGAUGGCUCGUCGCCAAUUCCUCGAUCGUCAACCAGGCCCACGAGUCGCUCCAGAUCGAAAUCCAUCGUCAGACCAAGUCGCGCUCGUUCGACUAGCACAGCUGCUGGUGUCUAUCAGAAUCGAAGUCAGAGUCGCGGACAACGCUAUCGCAACUCCCGAAAGGACAUGGAUCUCGACCUGGACCUCGAUAUGGCAUCAUCCCAUGACCCCAUUGUCUGCCCGAUUUCGACUUGUUCGCGACAUUGUCGACCUUUUUCAAAGGGGUCCAAAAUGUACGCACAUGUGCGGAGAAUCCACCCAGACGUAGACAUCGAUGAGGUCAAGACGAUGGAGAUUAGAAGAAGAGGAGAGAGACGGGGAAGAGGGAAGAGAAGUAGGAGUGUCACCGAUACAAGGAAUACCAGGGACAGGAAUGAAACUGGAGGCUCGAGUUUCAGUACUCCAGAGAGACAUGCCUCGACACCCAGACAGAGGAGAAAAAAGGCAAGAGAUGUUGUGAGCAUUCCAGACGAAGAUUGACUUGUGUUUGACCAAGUCUCUUGGGAACCUUGGGCUUGUAAAAUAUCAUACUGUUGUAGAUCCACCACCACUCGACCACGGUGC